UCCAUUCAAGCCUACAAAUUGCAUCACCCUCCUCCUCCGCCCAGACCGGGGGGCUCCAACACCUUUCGCUAGGUCUGCCUCUGGCCUCCGAGCGAACCUUCCGUACAGCAUGGCGGCUCCCGAACCCCCGCCAGGGGACAGAAUGUUCCGUACAACAUGGCUUUCUACGGAGUGCGAUUCCUACCCACUUCCGCCCAGCUACCGGAAGUUUCCAUUUGAAACCGAGGCGGCCAACUUGGCAGGCGGCGCGACAGUUGCUUCAGGGCAUCUUUUGAAAGAGAGCGACAAGGACUGCGGGCAGGACCGGCGGGCUCCUGGAGUUCAGCCGUGCCGCCUCGUUACGAUGACCAGUGUGGUUAAGACAGUGUAUAGCCUGCAGCCCGCCUCUGCGCUGAGCGGCGGCCAGCCCGCAGACACACAAACUCGGGCCACUUCUAAGAGUCUGUUACCUGUUAGGUCCAAAGAAGUCGAUGUUUCCAAACAGCUUCAUUCAGGAGGUCCAGAGAAUGAUGUUACAAAAAUCACCAAACUGAAACGAGAGAAUGGGCAAAUGAAAGCUACUGAUACCACCACCAGAAGGAAUGUCAGAAAAGGCUACAAACCACUGAGUAAGCAAAAAUCAGAGGACGAGCUCAAGGACAAGAACCAGCUCUUAGAAGCCGUCAACAAGCAGUUGCACCAGAAGUUGACUGAAACUCAGGGAGAGCUGAAGGACCUGACCCAAAAGGUAGAGCUGCUGGAGAAGUUUCGGGACAACUGUUUGGCAAUUUUGGAGAGCAAGGGCCUCGAUCCAGCUUUAGGCAGUGAGACCCUGGCAUCACGACAAGAAUCUACUACCGAUCACAUGGACUCUAUGGUGAGGGAAUGGGUGUGAAAGCGCACAAGGGCUGAGUGACUAGUUUUGUGUAUGUGUUGUUUUCCUUUGGAAUGUCUUUCCAUGCAGGCCUUAAAGGUAAAGCUGGAGAUGAAAGAAGAAAGAGUCCGAUUCCUAGAACAGCAAACCUUAUGUAACAAUCAAGUAAAUGAUUUAACAACAGCCCUUAAGGAAAUGGAGCAGCUAUUAGAAAUGUAAGAAGCAGCAAGUGGCCAGAUGGCUCCCUCUUGGGCAUAAACUCUCAGAGGAAGCCACUUAGGAUAUCAUCUUGGCCAUGAUCUUCUGGGACUCACCAUCUCCAGAAUGAAAGCAAUUUCUACAGUAGAAUUAAGGACAGUUUAUGCUGAAAUGGCAAUUCCUCAUUUAAGCAAGUUUUCCCAACUUUCAGGUUGGUCAGCCCUCCUGAGCCUCACAGGUGGAUAAUUGAGGCCUACAAGAGAGGGAGGCCUAGGAGCUUGGAUUGACCUUCUAGUCAACCACCUGAUUCCAGCACACCAUUAUAAUCCAGAGACUAAACCAACAACCAGAGGAUCUAAAAGGUCACAUUCAGAUUUUCAGGAAGAAAAUCUUCAUUACAGUAGAGCACAAGUGUUCCGUACAAGACCAUUGAGGAGCCAUGCUGUCCCCUUCCAACCCGGAACACAUUCUGUCCCAUCCUGGUUGGGCUUCUGUACCUCCUUAUUAAUUUAUGAACCUGAAGUUGCUUGGAGUGUUUUGGGCUUAAUAAAUGGGGUGAAAAUAUAGGUAGCAGUAACACCUACAUGAAACAAUACACCUUGGAGCUUUAAAUUACUUUUUUUUUUUAAGUCUACUUUUAAAAUAAAUACUUCUGUAAAUAUUCUGACUGUAACACUGAGGAAUGAAAAUAACCUUUUAACCUA